AUGGCACCGGGGGGUUCCUCCUUCAUGGUGGUGGCUGUGAGGCUGCUGCCGCUGUGCAUGGUCCCUGCAGAACUGCUGGAGCUGUGGCAGCCGGAUCCCACCAUCCCACCUGGGGAUGAAGUGAGCAUCAGAUGCGUUGCAGAUAGGAAGAUGGAUGGUGCAGGUAAAGUGCAGUGGUUCCAACGCAGCCCCGGAGAGCCGCCCCGACUGCUUCUGAGCUGCAUAGAUGGAAAGCAGGAUGGAUUCUCCUGUGAGUGUCAGAGGGAUUACGCUGUGCUGCACAUCCAGGCUGCUCACCCCAAGGACGCUGCUCUAUACCUCUGUGCGGCUUCCACCGGCUCCAAGCUGCAGUUUGGCAAUGGCACCGUGCUGCUGGUGGGAGACAGCUGGAGGACCCACAGCUGGGUGCAGGUUCUGGCCGCCCGUGGGUCCCCCCAUUCCCCCCUCAAUGCAGUCUGUGCUGUGGGUGCCUCUGGUGGCCCCAUCAUCAUCUCCUGGCCAAGGGGGGACCGUCCCCAGGAGGUGCUGGGGCUGGGGAACAGCACAGAGCUGCUGCUCAGCCCUGGGGGGCCGGGGGGGCUCUGUGAGGUUCACUUCAAUGCUUCUGGGCCCCACAUUCAGAGGAGCACAGAGAUGCAUGAGGCGGUAGGUGGCUGCCCACUGCCUAGCACUGUGGGAAUGGCCAUGGCUGGGAUGCUGCUGCUGCUGCUCAGCCUCUGCCUCAGCACCUGCUGCCUCCCCAUCACCCCAGCCCAGUGCUGGAGCCAUGUUCCUGUCCCAUCAUCAGGCCAUCAGCCAACGGUCCCAGAGCCUCCAGGAACACAGGGAGAGCUGAUGUACGCACACCUCCCCCUAUCCGGAUCCACACUGCCAUGACACCACCAGUCCCCAUAGCCCAUACUGUGGCUUCCCCGGCCGCUUUACCCAAAAGACAAAGAAAUAAAGGCCUUUAAGCCUCAAAAACAA